ACUGCGAUCGAAUCGGAACAAUUCGAGCUCAACAACUCUCAAUAUUCGAAUCGUAAGAAGGGACCUUAUUCGCCCAAGCCUCGAGACGCCUUCGCUUCCAUCACCUCUUUCUUUUUUUUCCCGUGACCUUAGAUGAAAACUCUAAAGGUGACCAGCGUCGUGACCUUCGCGGUGACGGUCCUUGCCCAGUUCUCCCGUGCACAGCUUCUUUCUCGGUCUCGGCUUCCGAAGGUUAUCAUUGGAGAUCCGAAUGAGCCCGAGAACGACAUCCUCGGGCCGCCCCUGACGAAGGAGGAGCUCGCCUUCAGGAUUAAGGGGACUGGGGAGGAUGGCGGAGAGGGCGAGGGCGAGGGUGACGGAGGGGGAGCAGAGGAAGACGACCCAAGCCUUCGGUCCGGGUUCUUCCAGGGCGACAUCAUGCUUCCCUCCGAGGACCACCUUCUUCAGAUCAUCCAGGGAUCCCCGGACGCCCAGGGAAGCGCCGCCAGGAACCCAGCUCUUCGUUGGCCAGGCGCUCUCAUCCCCUACGUUAUCUCAGCCUCCUUCUCUCGCGCCGAGAGGGCGGCCAUCGGGGGCGCGAUGGGCGAGUACCACACCAAGACGUGCCUUCGCUUCGUGCCUCGCCAGCCGCAGCACAGGGACUACGUGCACAUCCUCAAGGGCGAAGGGUGUUCGAGCGCGGUGGGUCGGGCCGGCGGUCUGCAGGUCGUGUCCCUCGGGCAGGGCUGCGUGCACCACGGCGUGAUCGUGCACGAGUUCAUGCACGCCGCUGGCUUCUGGCACGAGCAGUCCCGCUACGACCGCGAUAAGCACGUCGUCAUCAACUGGAAGAAUAUUAUCGGCGAUAUGAAAUACAACUUCGGGAAGAAAACCAACCGUCUGACGAGCGACUUGGGGCUUGACUACGACUACGCCUCCGUCAUGCACUACGGACCGCGGGCCUUCGCCGUGGACGCCUCGCUGCCCACCAUCAUCCCCAGGGUGGCCGGGGUCGAGAUAGGUCAGCGUCGCGGCUUCUCGCAGCUCGACGUGAAGAGCCUGAACAUCUUGUACCGCUGCGAUAAAGAUGCAACGACGCCGGCGCCCACGGAGAAGCCCGGCGCCUGCGAGGACACCCACGCGGCCUGCCCCAAAUGGGCGGCGAGCGGCGUGUGCGUGAGCAGCCCCGUCUUCAUGUCUCGCGCGUGUCGGAAGUCUUGCAACCUGUGCGAUGAAAAGGCUGAAUGCACGGAUACGAACAUCCACUGCGCUUGGUGGGCGGGGCGAGGCGAGUGCGAGCGGAACCCAGCCUACAUGACCAGUUCCUGCCCCAGAUCAUGCGACGCCUGUGGCGUGUGGGCGGGGCCGUGUAAGGACCAACACAAGGACUGCAGCAUAUGGGCGGCUCGAGGGGAGUGUGGGCGUAACCCGGAAUACAUGAGCCGCAACUGCCGCUCCUCCUGCAGUCUGUGCGGAGAGCCACCGAGGGCGCCGGGAGUCUAGGCGUCGCGGUCACGUGCUCGAGACGGCAUUUCAAGACAGCUACGGCAUUCUUCAAGAAAUAUCUCUCUUUUCUUUCAUUUUCUCUCUCUCUCUUUCUCCCUCU